GUCUGGAGCCCGGAAGUGACGUGUGAAGCGAGCGGCGUGAGACAGACAGUGACGGAACGAUGGCAUCGGGGGCUCCAGACGGAAAAUGGAAAGUUGUGAAGAAAGGAAAAAAGAGCGGCGAGAAGGGAGGGGGACGUAAGGCUCUAAGCGAGAGCAACGUUACUCUCGGGGGCACCGCUCCCAUUAAGAUGGCAAACACGGUGUAUGAGAUGGGCUUUGAACAAAUUCUCAAGAAGCAGAACAAGGAGCAAGUGCCCCCCAAUAACAUCCCCGCAGAGCAGCCGCAGAAGAAGCAGCAGCAGCAACAAAACCCCGGGAGGAAAAAGCCCCAGAGUGGGGACACUGGCUCCAGGCAGAGAAAAUUCCACACACUGGAGGAAGGGCUCAAAGCUCUGGACCUGGCAGAGCUCCAGAGAGAGUUGGAGAAGAGUCAGAACAUGUUUCCCGAAAGUCCCUCAAUCUGGGUGAAGGACCUGGCAGGAUACCUGAACUAUAAGCUGCAGACUGUGAAGAAUGAUGUGCUGAUCCAGCAGUCUCACGAUUACCCAUACUGCUUGGUAAAUAAGGAGCUAAAGGGCAUCGUCCGCUCGUUGCUGGCUAAAGCCCCCCAUGUGCUGGAUGUGAUGGUGGAUCACUGUAUCUUCUCCAUGUUCCAGGAACUGGACAAACCCACGGGGGAGUCUCUGCAUGGCUACCGGAUCUGCCUGCAGGCUGUUCUGUUGGACAAGCCCAAAACUGUAACCAACAACUUGCCAAAGUACCUGGAGCUGCUGAGAUCCCAAGUGAACAGACCAAUGAAAUGUCUCGCUGUCAUGUGGGCUGUAGGGCAGGCUGGAUUCACUGAUCUUACAGAGGGGCUGAAAGUAUGGCUGGGCCUUAUGUUUCCUGUGCUGGGAGUGAAGACCCUGACACCUUAUGCCAUUUUAUACCUGGACCGGCUACUGCUAGCGCACAGUAACCUGACCAAAGGUUUUGGCAUGAUUGGACCAAAAGACUUCUUCCCUCUCCUGGACUUUGCCUUUAUGCCCAACAACUCUCUCACUUCCAGUCAACAGGAAAACUUGCGCAACCUGUACCCGAGGUUAAAGGUAUUGGCUUUUGGUGCCACUCCAGAGAGCACCCUGCACACCUAUUUCCCCUCCUUCCUCUCCAGAGUCACCCCAAGCUGUCCUGCUGAAAUGAGAAAAGAGCUCAUUAAUAGCCUGACUGACUGCCUAAACAAGGACCCACUAAGCUUCAGUGUGUGGCGCCAGCUGUAUACCAAACACCUGUCCCAAUCGAGUUUCCUGCUGCAGCAUUUGGUGGAAACCUGGGAUUCAAACUCCAAAGCGAUGAGGAAAUCUGUGAGGGAAACUGUCCAUUCCUUCAAAGUUACAAAUGGGGAAUUCUCUGGUAAAGGAUCCAGUUUGAAAGACCUGGAAGCAUGUGACACAGCUUGUCAGGCUCUGCUACAUAAGAUGAAGGGCAGUGGCUUCCCGUGGAGACGGCUCAUUGUCAUUGCAUUCGUGUUUCUAUUUGGAUUUGUUUUCUAUGAUGUCAGGACACACAAUUCAUUCCAAGCAUCCACGUCACAUAAAGUACUGCAGCAGUCGGGGCUCCUGUCUGUAUCCCAGCAAGCAUGGAGCAAGGUUUCCAACUACUCUCUGCAAGGACAAAGCUGGUUAGAGAGGAAUGUACCCCAGUAUUAUUCACAAGCAGUUGAGGUUUUGGGACCAGUCCUUGAGCAGGUGUGGGCAAAGACCCAGGAGGGAGCAGCCUAUGCUUGUGAGAAAGGUUCCGUCCUCAUAACAUACACCAAGGACAACUUGCCAAGGCUGAUCGAGUGGCUCCAUUCCCACACCCCUGAUUCAGUCUGUCAGUUUAUCGAGUACCUGAGGGAACUGCUGCUCCAUUUACAACGGACGUAUCUCUUACCUGCAGUUACGUAUUUAGAGGCGGCCGUACAAAACGCCUGGCAACAGUAUGUGGAGUCUUGCGAUGGGAAGGUGACGUGGGACUGCGUUCGGGGCCAAGUCAGCAACAUCAGCCAUUCCUCUUGGACUUACCUGCAAAACACAACCAUGACUGUGACAAACUGGGCCCUGUCCAUCAUUUCCCACCACUAAACAUUCUUCCUUGUACAAUGGGAGCUGCUUCACAACCCUUCUCCCCCCAAAAGACUGAACUCUGCGAUGGCUGUGCAUCUCGCCGACACCUCCGAAAUCCAUCUGCCUGGCUCAGUGGGGGGCACUGCACAAACCUUCCUCCAUUUUGUGUUUGUAUUGAGGAAAUUCCUGCUUCUGGCCACUUGGUAGUGUACGGCUACCAGGGGGUUCCAGCAGACAAUCUGCUCUUCAUUAUUCCGGCUACAGAUGAUCCAUAGUAGAACACUCGUGUGUGUUAUGUCCCUGUCACUGACCAGUCCUAUUUAACCUGUGUAACUAUGAAAUCCUGCGGUACCGGCAAGUACUUUACUCUCAAGGCUGCAAUAACCGUUGUCUUACAAUCCCGAGUAAUAGUCCUGCCGCGGCUCUCUGCUUCUGCCAUCAGUGUGGUACAGUCACUGGACUCCAUGCAUUUUAUAUAAAGACCUUUCCAUUCCAAAAAACCAACAUGUAGAAUCAUGUCUGCACACCCUUUGCUGUGUACUUUCACAGGGGCCACUUCAGGGUCUCCAGUAAAAUCUGUGAACAAAACUGCAGUGGGAUAUAUAAUAAAUCUGUUUCACAAA